CCUCCUGGUAAGGAUCUGACUGUGAGUCUUCGUACUUUGAGUGAAAAGUCGGCUCCUAAGCAAGAUUUGACUCCUUCUGUCGUUCCUACUAAGUGGGAGGAAUUUGUGGUUCAACAACUCUCUGAAUGGGACGAGAUGGCCAAGAAAGUUGCUGCUCAACAGGC